AACCAUUGCUCUAAUCUGGUACUGCCGGGUGUUAUUACAUUCAAGAUGGGUCUUGGUGACAAAGUUAUUGCUGCCUCCAGUCCUAAAGAAGAGGUGGGUGAUAAAGCUAAACAACUCUCCGGUGAGGAGAGCAGUGACGGUGGGAUUGAGGGUGAUGAAGAUUGUUUUUGCUUAUGUUUUUGUGAUGAUGACGCAGAUAAAGCAAAGGAUAAGCCAGAAGAUAAUGCUGGCUCUGAGAAAGGCAAAUGUGAAUGUUACUGCAUAUGUGCUGCUGAUUCUAAUGAAGAGGAAAGUGCUGAUUUAGUGGAUCCAUUUGUUGAGUUGAAAGAGAAAUGUGCAGAGAAGCCUGAAUGUGCUAAAUACAAACAGAAAUUAGAUGAGUGUACAGCCAGAGUAGAGAGUCGGAGCAAGACAGCUGAAACUUGUACUGAAGAACUCAUUGACUUUUUACAUUGUGUAGAUCAUUGUGCAUCAAAAUGUAUAUUUUCCAAGUUGAAGUAGUCUACACUGAACAGAUGUCGUUAGUUGAUCAAGAAUUUUGUGUUGUUCAAGUUCUGCUUGAUAAAUAUCUCUGUUGAAUAACUAGAUGGAUUGAAAGAACUAGUUCUUAAUAGAUUAAAAACAAUUUGUGAUAUCAGUAUAAACAUGAAUCUGGCUCGCAUACUAGGAAUUUUUUCAAUGGUCAAAUCAUCAUUGGAAUAGAAUUGUACUGACUGUUGUAUUACUGAUGCAUUAAAAUGAUUUUUAUAAUAUUUAA